GCGCGCAUGGAGCAUGCUGCUAUGCAAAAAGCUAUCGCGGAGUCCGAGGAGUUGUUUAACAGGGCACAUGAAGAGGACAAAGUCCAUUCUUUAGGAGAACUAAUGGGACACUUGCGGAGUAAGGAGAUGAAGUUUUUGAACAUAAUAGAAAAGGACGGAAGGCUUGUUAUUAUCCACAUCGUCGACGAUAAGGCCCCGUGGCUGAAGUACUCUGUCUGCGUAAAAGGAGACAUGAGCGUGACGCUACAUGUCAUGAAAAAGGCGGUAAAAAAGUUAGGUGCAAAUCUGGUCGUUCCAAAAAUUGCUGACAGUAAGAAGGGUAUAGUAGAACUCUUCAAAGGCGUCGAGAAGUGGGACGGGGACCUGAUUUCCAACUCAGUCGAGGAAAUUUGCGAGGCUAUGUUCCUACUGCUGGAUCACUUGUCCACGUCCCACGCAGAAGACGACGCCGACUUCAUUAGAUUUCUGCGAAAGCAAGUAAGCUUGUUCCAAGCGAAAAAACAGCGCAGACGCUACUCUGCAGAUUUCAUGGUGUUCUGUUGCAUUCUUUUCACCAUAUCGCCCCCUCCGUACGCUUAUAUACGCAGCCAUGGAAGCGUCACUUUGCCGCAUCCCAUGACGAUCAGAUCGGUAUGCUCCUCUUAUGGCAUGAGCCCUCAAUAAGAGCAUG